AUGUCAGAAGCAGCAAUUGUAUCCCUCUUGGAUACAGAUUUAUACAAAUUGUCAAUGCAGGCCGCUGUCUUCCAACACUUCAAAGACACACCAGUCACAUUCAAGUACACCAAUCGUACGCCGCAAAUGGUGCUCAAUCAGGAGGCCGUCAAUUGGAUUAAAGAGCAGAUUGAGUUUUUGGGUCAUCUCAGAUUUACUGACGACGAAUUGCUGUAUCUCAGGCAAACAUUACCUAUGAUGCCUGCCGAAUACAUAGACUCAUUGAAGACGUUCAAAUUUGAGCCAAAGAAGCAGGUAAUUAUCGAAAACGACGAGUCCAAUUUGGAGAAAUUUUCAAUUAAGGUUUCUGGGCUGUGGUAUGAUACCAUCUUGUAUGAGAUCCCACUUUUGGCACUAGUAUCAGAAGCGUAUUUCAAAUUUGUAGAAAAGGAUUGGAAUUACAACGGCCAGGAGCAAUUGGCAGCUGAAAAGGUGAAUGCUCUUGUUCAGAACGGUUGCGCAUUCAGCGACUUUGGCACUCGGCGCCGGCGCUCAUUUCGAAGCCAGGAGACUGUAGUGCAGGCACUAGCAUCUGUUUCUGGCGAGGCAAAGAAAUUGAUUUUGGGAACUUCGAAUGUGUUGCUUGCCAAAAAGUAUGAUCUCAGACCCAUAGGCACAGUUGCGCAUGAAUGGUUCAUGGGUGUAGCUUCUAUCACUCAAGAUUACGUCAAUGGCAACAAAAUUGCCAUGGACCUAUGGACACAAACAUUUGGGCCCAAAGAAUGUGGCUUGGCUCUUACAGAUACCUUUGGUACUGAUGCAUUUCUCAGGGCAUUUGUGAAGCCAUACACAGAUAAUUAUGCGGGCGUUAGACAAGAUUCGGGAGAUCCAGCCGAAUACACCAUCAAAAUCGCUAAACACUACGAAAAUUUGGGAUAUGAGCGCAACACUAAGGUGAUUUGCUAUUCUGAUUCGUUAGACGUCGAAAAGUGUCUCCAGUAUAAGAAUGUUGCCGAAACGAAUGGUUUAAAGCCAAUCUUUGGCAUUGGGACGUUUUUGACGAACGACUUCAAGAAGGCAAGCAAUUCGGAACAGAAAUCAACGCCACUCAACAUUGUCAUUAAGUUGCUCAGCGCAAACAACGAGCAUGCCAUCAAAAUCAGUGAUAAUCUAGGAAAGAACAUGGGAGAUGAAGCUACUCUCCUCAAGGUGAAGCAACAACUCGGCUACACUGAAAGAGAUUGGUCUGAGGGUGACGAAGCCAAGAGAUGGUGA